CGUAAAUGCUCUCUGCUGCAGAUCUGUCAGGAGGUGGCUCCUGGCUUUAACGUCAUGUCGAUGUCCUCUUGUUUACAGCUUCUUAUACACAAAUAAUACGUUUGAGCUGAAUUUGGUGCCGGCUUGUUGGUGAUCAUGCGCGUCGCAGGGAACCGUGGAGCGCGUCCGGUCUUCUUUAAGUGUUGUUUAUCUGCUUUUUACUGAUUUCCGCUCGUUAACAUCUCGCAGAGCUUUCGCCACAGUCCUCCGGCGAUGUGCAGCGAGGGGGACGAAGCGCAGGACGACUGCGGCUCCCGGGAGGAGUGGACGCUGCUGUUCUGGACUUCUCUGGCCGUCAUCGUCCCGGUCAUCAUCACGCUGUGGUGCAGCGCCCAGCGCUCCAAGAGGAAAUCGCACAUGAAGGAUUUCUUUCGCAAGAGCAAGCACGGCUGGCACUACACCGACCUGUUCAACAAGCCCACCUACUGCUGCGUCUGCUCGCAGCACAUCCUGCAAGGAGCUUUCUGCGACUGCUGCGGCGUGUGCGCCGACGAGCAGUGCCUGCGCCGGGCCGACCGCAGCCUGCCCUGCAAGGAGAUCAUGGCCCCCUCCAGCCCCGAAGGAGCCAUGGAGCAUCGCUGGGUCCGCGGAAACGUGCCUCUGGCCAGUUAUUGUGCCGUAUGCAAACAGCAGUGUGGGACCCAGCCGAAGCUCUGCGACUUCAGGUGCGUGUGGUGCCAGACCACAGUGCACGAUGACUGCAUGGAGAGCUUGGCGGAUGGAGACGUGUGCGACCUGGGCGAGUUCCACAGUCUCAUCAUCCCUCCUCACUACCUCUACCUUGUCAACAAGCUCCGCCGCAGGCACCCCGACGAGUACAGCAAGCUGGGCUCUUCCUGUGGCAGCGGCUGGACUCCAGUGUUGGUCUUGGCUAACACUCGGAGUGGGAACAACAUGGGGGAGGCUCUGCUGGGGGAGUUUCGCACUCUCCUCAACCCGGUGCAGGUGUUUGACCUAUCUGAGCUCACUCCUUCCAAAGCCCUCCAGCUGUGCACCCUCCUUCCCCCCGGCAGGGUCCGGGUGCUGGUGUGUGGAGGUGAUGGCACAGUGGGGUGGGUGCUUGAUGCCAUUGAUGCUAUGAAGCUAAAGGGCCAAGACCAGUUCAUCCCGAGGGUGACCAUUCUGCCUCUGGGGACAGGAAAUGACCUCUCUAACACUUUAGGCUGGGGGGCUGGGUAUGCUGGAGAGAUUCCCGUGGAGCAGGUUCUCCGUAACAUCCUCGAUGCUGAAGUGGUCAGAAUGGACAGAUGGAAAGUCCAGGUAGCAUCCAAAGGUGUCUACUUUCGCAAACCAAAGGUUCUGUCCAUGAACAACUACUUCUCCGUGGGGCCCGACGCUCUGAUGGCGCUCAACUUCCACGCACACCGUGAGAAAACGCCCUCAUUCUUCUCCAGCCGUAUCAUCAACAAGGCUGUGUAUUUCCUGUAUGGCACCAGAGAUUGUUUAGUGCAGGAGUGUAAAGACCUGGAUAAGAGGAUUGAGCUGGAAUUGGAUGGCGAGAGGGUGGAGCUUCCCAGUCUGGAGGGCAUCAUAGUCUGUAACAUUGGCUACUGGGGUGGAGGCUGCAGACUCUGGGAGGGUAUGGGAGACGAACCAUGCCCCCCUACUCAGCUGGAUGAUGGCCUGCUGGAGGUGGUGGGGGUGUUUGGCUCCUUCCACUGUGCUCAGAUCCAGGUCAAGCUGGCCAACCCUGUACGGCUGGGACAGGCUCACACUGUCAGGCUCGUUUUGAAGAGCUCCACGAUGCCCAUGCAGGUGGAUGGGGAGCCGUGGGCGCAGGGCCCCUGCACCAUCACCAUCACCCAUAAGACCCAGGCCCUGAUGCUGUACCACAGCGCGGAGCAGACUGACGACGACGACGAUGAAACCAGCGCCUCCGAGACGGAGAGCCCGACUCCUCACGACUCUCCCAGGUCCCCGGGCCCGGGGGCCGCUCGAGUGUGACCCACCGCAAACAUCGUGUGACGCGAAGCUCUUGUUAUCCUCGAUAUUUCUGCUCAGUUUGCAUUAAUCACUCCCCUGCGUUAGUUUUCCUCCUCCGAGGUCUCACGUCGUGUUGAUUAGAACAGAUGUUAUCGUUUGUUUGUGUAAUGAUUUUGAAUCUUUUGAGAGCUCGCAGAGGGAGAAAGAUUACUUUGUUACUGAGCUGGUGUGAGUUGUUGUUUGGUCUUUUAUCUGCUCACUCUCCUUAUAACUCAGAGCUCAGGCAGCCCCCCCCC